UCAGUGUUUUUAAUGUGCCGUAAGCAAGCUUGCUCCAAUCGCGGACCGAUUAGGGUCAUUAGCUGAUUGGCUGAAUUUGAAUGGACCCGGUCGGCGCGCUUUGGGGCGCCUCAUUAUGCAGGCGCAUUAGAAGAAAGCAGUGGGGGUCAAAUGAGUAGUUAAGGCGCAGGGACAAAAAAAAAAAAAAAGAGAGAGAGAGGGGCAGGCACUGUGAGGAGGGUCGGGAUUCAAAUUCUAAGUGAGGAGCUGCGUCCAUUGUCAGUGGGGUAUAUAGUCACGGUUCAAAAACAAAAAAAGCGCAGAGAGUUUAGGGUGUCAUCAUGGCUGCUUCGAGCUGCAUGUGGAUCGUUUCUGUUAUUAUCUUACUCACAAGCGAUGCUGGAGCUUUAGGUCGCGCAGUGGACUCGUUCGGGUUUCUGAUACAGUCUCCUCGAGCCCGAGAUGGACCGUUUGGAGAGAUUUUACGCACGGCCGGUAUGAGGCGGUGGAGACGCGGGAUGGCCGCCGAGGCGCACGGGGAGCGCUGCGCGGAGCUGGGAGCCGCCUGGCUGGAAAGCAAGCGGCCAGCUCCCGAGCUGGGAAGCGCCGUGCUGCAGCUGCGCGUGCGGCCCUUUCACCCAGGACCGUCGCGAGGUUUGGUUUUUCCCGGGAAGUCGCUUUUCAGCUUCAUCCGGCGGGUUUACCGCUGUUGUCAGGAGGGAGUGGGCUGCAGGAAUGUCAAGGGGAUUCAAAGCCGACUGAGAGGAGCUGCAGGUGUGGAGUUCGUCCUCACCAGGGAGAUCUUAGCGGCGACGGCGUCCAGAGCCGAGCUUCAUCUGCAGCUCUCCAACCCGCGGCGUCUCGACAUCAGCCCGGUCAUCCCCUUCAUGGCGAAGAGGAAUUUACCGACGAGGUACAGCGUAGCGUCUCGUGGUGACGCAGUGGAGCUGAGAGUGGACCUCCUGUUCCUCCUCCGGCUCCUGCAGGAGGCGGCCGGCGACGGAGGCCGAGGCCGCGGCUCGGUAAACGCGCACCUGGGGAGACUGCUGUCCAGCGAGGACGGAAAGACAUCUUUAGGAAUUGUUCAGGACGCCGACAGAGAAGCGUGGCAUGAUGGGAACGAUAUACGUUUGGCUCGGGAGGUGGGCCUGGUUCUGGGGUGCAGCCGGGCCGGAUCGGGGGUCCCCUGUGAAAGUGGGGGUGUUCGGCUCUCAGACGCCCCCUUCAUGGCUGUGUAUUACACAUGAAGAUGGGACUUCUCAGUGUGGAAGCAUUUCACCCAUCAGAAAAGCUCAAAACUUUAACAGUAUUACGCACUUCGAAGUCAAGUUUUAUAAUUUAUAUCGGUUUUGCAAGCUAAAUAUUAUAUAUAAGUAUUUUAUGUAAAUAUUUUGUUCUAAAAGUUUAUUUUGGUCAUUCGUUGGUGAUAAGAGUUCUGUAAAAAUGCUGUGUGGUCUUCUUGGUUACUAGACAUUGUUUAGCUUAUGUAAAAUAUUAGCCUCUGAUUAAAGACUCGUGGGGAAACGUGGUGAGGACACCUGAACAAACGCAGCGUGGGAACAGGAGCAGCGACCUUGACAAUCUCAGCUAAAUUUAUGCUGCUACUCUGCAGGAAAAAAAAGAUCCAAUGUUAAUAUGUUCACUUGCAUCUCCAUAAUGUUACUGGGAAACCGGAUUCAUUUCAGUACUUCUGUUUGACAAAAGAAAAGUGAGACUAUUACAGUUUUGAUUACACACUUGUGUAUCGUUAAAAUUAUUUUGUAAACCAUAAAAGUGGCUAAUUGAUAACGACGUUGGAUGUUUAAGUUUAGUGGAAGGAAAAAGUGUGGUAGAAAACCGCAGGUUCGAGGGGGAUUCUGAAUGAAAGCCUCCUCGGGGGUUUUGGAGACUCCAUACGCAGACAGAUAUGUUUUUCCAAGAAAUAAAUGGACAAAAUAAUUUUGGUGAGAACUUUUCCUCCUCCCCAUUUGCUCAGCAAUAAAUUAAACUUACUAUAUUUUUAAUAAAACUAAGUAGCAAUUUUUUCUUAAAAGGUGGACAACUUUUUUGGGGUUUGUUUAAUCUAGAAAAUUUGAGUCUAUUCCCAGCAACAAAAAUGAGAACUUAAAAAAAAACCCCAAUGGAAAUAAAGUACAUUACUAGCAGAAUUAAUGUGAUCUAUUCCUCCCUUUUCACUUUUAGCAAGAAGUUGCUUAAUGUUUAUAGCCCUACUUAUUAUGAAAAUAAAUACUCAAUGAAUAUUUACACAUUUGUUUAGGGUACAUUUCUAACUGAAUUUUGGGUUUUCAGCCACAAUUUGAUCAGAAAUAUUAC